CUUUGUCACCCACCAAAAUGAACAACUCACAAUUUCGCCGGCUGCUGCUCAGCGACCAACCAAAGCAGCAGGAUGGGAGCAAGCAGAGCGCGCCAUCGUCUUCGCGCACGCCUGGAGGAGCACUCGGCGCGCGCAAAUACUCGAGCAUACCCAUGACGCCGCGGCAGGUAGGCAAAGGCUCGGUACAGGCCGACUUUGCCCGCCAACUGGCAGAGCGCAAUGCCAAAGCAAACCCUCAGAAGAAGUCGCGAGCCUCAGCACCAAAAGGCACAAAACUAGCUGCCGGCUACACCGACCGCACGAAGGAACGAGUCGAUGACGAGGACAACGAGAUCGCCAAACGCAUCAAGAACCUCGAAGAAGCUAUGAAGCUUGGGCAAAUUGACCGCGAGACGUUUGAGAAGUUAGUGUCAGAAAUCACCGGCGGCGACGUUGGGACCACACAUUUGGUAAAAGGUCUCGACAGGAAGCUUCUCGAGCGGGUGAGACGAGGCGAGGAUGUUCUGGGCAGCAUCAAGGAUAUAGCAACUGAGGAAGAAGAGCCAGAGGAGGCUGGCGAAGACGUGGAAGAUGCUUUUAAUGAGCUAGCCGAAGCAGAAGUUGGUGCCGUCACUCGUGAGAAGGUGGAGAAGAAGGGUGAAAAGAUGAUGGCACCGCCGCCACCAGUCGCAAGUGCGAAGAGAACUCGGGCAGACAUCUUAGCAGAGCUCAAACGACAACGCGAGGAAGCAGCCAAGACCGCCGAGGCAGAGCGUGAGAGAAAGUUCCCAACCCUGGGGGCUGGCUUCCGGAAGAUCACACGUCAGGGAGAACAGACCAGGAUCGAGAUCGACGACAGGGGGCGUGAAGUUUUGAUCAUCACUGCGGCAGAUGGUAAAGAGAAGAGGAAAGUGAGGAAGCAGAAGGUCGAACCUCAGACAGCACCAGAAAUACGGCAUGACUUGGACGAUGCAACUAAGCCGAUCAAUAUGCACAACCUGCCGGAGCCGAAGAAGCAAGAGGAUUCGGAAGAUGAUGACAUUUUCGCAGGAGUCGGGUCAAGUUACAAUCCCCUUGCGAAUCUUGACGACGAUGACGGCGAUGAGGACUCAGAGGAGGAAGGAGAAGCUGCGCCAGACGCCGCAGAAAAGAAGACUCCUCCAGCGACACCACAAGAGACGUCGAAGGACAAGUCCACCGCGGUCGCAUCGAAGCCAUCUGAGCCUAGUGAAGCUAUCAAGCGAGACUAUUUCAAGUCCGGGAACAGCCAAAGCAACGCUGCAGAAAGCAUGCCAAGCCUCUCUUCUGCAGAUGCGACCGUCCGCGCUGCGCUUGCUAAGGUGAAGAAUCUUGAUGAGAAGUCCACGCUUUUGCAAAAUCUAUCAUCUGCCAAUCCCAGCGAGGCCGAUUCCAAGGAGGCUCGUCUGAGGAAGCGUGCAGCUGAGCUUGCAGCAUCGGAUCGUGAUAUGGAAGAUAUCGACAUGGGCUUUGGCGAGUCACGGUUCGACGAUGCUGACGAGAUGGAGCGCGAGGGAGAGAAAGUCAAGUUCAGCGAGUGGAAGGGAUUGGAUGCUGGUGGUGACGAUGACGAUGAAGAUGGGCCGAAGGCUGCGAAGAAAAGGAAGCGAGGGCCGAAGAAGAGGAAAGGAGAUGUCAAUAACGCAGACGAUGUUCUCCAAGCUAUGGAGAGGCAGAAGGAGAAGAAGACGAAGACGCUAGGCUGAGGAACCUGGUCGCGCUAUAUACCCUCUAUUUACAAGUUUCAACCUGUCACAUGUCCGAAUCAAUUGC